AUGCGUUCUGAUACAGAAUAGACUUAAGAUAGCUGUUAAGUUUGUAAAAAAUAAGAUGUAGAAUUAUCAAGAUGUUCUUAAUGCAAAUCCAUUUAUUAUUGUUCAAUAGAAUGUUAAAAAAAAGACUGGAAAGAUCAUAAAUUUAUCUGUUCUGAAAUAUUGUUAAAAUAAUAGCGAGAAAAAUAAAGAGCAGAGAGAAAAGCAUAAGGAAAGAAAGCAAUUGAAGAUUUUGCAGAUUUUGAAGUUUUAGGUCAUGGAAACUUCUCAGAUAUAUUUAGAGUUCGAGAAAUUGAAACUAAUUAACUCUAUGCAUUAAAAUAGAUUAAUAAAAGAAAAUUAACAUAAGUAAACAAGGAAAAAGAUGUUUAUAUGGAAAAGCAUUGUUUAGGCAAACUUACUGAAAAUCCCUAUGUUAUUAGAUUAUACUCAACAUUUUAAGAUGAUGAAAAUUUAUAUAUGUUAAUGUAAUACAUUGAUGGAGGAGAAUUGUGGUAACAAAUUCAUAAUUUUGGAGCUAGAGCAUUUCCCAUUUGUCUAUACUAUAUUUCAGAAAUUCUAAAAGGUAAAUAUAUUCAAUUUUAAUAAAGCAAUAAAUUCAAUUCAUAAAUAAGGGAUAGUUCAUAGAGAUAUAAAAAGUGAAAACAUACUGUUAACUUAAGAUAAAAAAAUAAAGUUUAUAGAUUUUGGCACAGCAAGAGACAUGAAUGAUCCAACUAUAGAAGGAAGUGGAAAUGGAAGAAAAGGUAAUAUUUAUAUAAUUAUUUAUUCAUAGGUAAAUAAACAUUUAAACAUUUUGUUGGUACUCCACAAUUUAUGGCUCCUGAAUGUAUAAGAAAUAAAGAUUCAAAUGAAAAAUCAGAUAUAUAUUCUUUAGGAGUUUUAUUUUAUCAUAUAGUUUUUGGAAAAUAUCCAUUUGAUGGAAAAAGUGAUUAUUUGGUGUUUUAAUAAGCAUUGGAGACUGAAUUAAAAUUUCCAGAUGGAUGGAUCGAUAAUCAAUAAUUUAGAAAUCUUAUUAAAAAGAUGUUGCAAAAAGAUCCUUAAGAUAGACCUAGUCUAUCUGAAAUAAUGGAAGAUUAAUUAUGGGGAGACAAUUUUGAUUGGAAUACAUAAUAAGGUAUAAUUAUUGUCUCUAAUAAGACUAUUAGACAAUAUUAAAUGAAUUAAGUGAAAUUGAUAAAUUUACUUUUGAUUUUGCUAUAGAAUUAAAUAAUGCUGAAAAAUUAGAAGAUAAGAUUUGUGUUAAGUUUGAAGUGAAUAAAGUGUUGGGAAAAUAUGAAAAAUUAAUAAAAGAUGAAUAUUACUAAAAAAGAUUUAAUUAUAUGAAAUAAAUUGUAGAAUAGAAUUUACAAAACAGAAAAGAUGAUGAUGAUGAGCCUUAAUAAUUUAGAUGA